AUGAAACUAAUACUAAUAUCGAAGAGAACGGAACUAGCUCUACUAUUGAGGGAUCGCAAACUCACUCUUCUUUCAUGUCCGAAGAAUUUACUACUUGACUUACUUUGGGUUACAAACCUGAUUCCAUUGCCCGGGCAGAACGACCUUCUUCAACCAAUAGCAAAAAGACAAGAAAAGGGCCUCUUCAUCUAUAGAGGAGAGGUGCCGUACGCGAACCUACUUUCAAUUGCAGUGGGGAAGCAGCACAGUCGGCAGGGGAAAGAGCGUAGUCAUGGUCUUGUGUGCGUGGACGUGGAUGCGCAGAGCAGUCAAAGGUGA